AUGGCCGCGGUUGUAAACCACGUUUGCUAUAACAACCUCCCUUCGUUGGAGGAGGCUGACAUGUCCCGUCAAGCUCUAUCUAUUGAUGUUAUCAAUGGACCGAUUCGCGACGCCUUCCUCAAGCAUGCCGCUCACCUGACCUUCUGUCUUUACCUCCAGCACCGCCAUCAUACCGUCGCUGCAAAUGAGGCGGUGGUUAAGGUCGAAGGCACCGCACACCUCAUGGACGACCAGGCCAUGAACGACAUUGUUUCCUUUGGAAACAAGGUCGUUCCGACGACAUGGAUGACCUCCGGUGGCAGGUUGCUUCCCAUGGAGUUCGCUGCCGUCCCUGCUCUGGCCGCCACUCCCACCCCCUCGGCUGCGUUUGUGCAAGAACUUCUCUCUGUUCUUGCCAGUAAUGGAUGCGAAGGACUGUUUGGCAUUGACACACUCGCUAAAAAUAACUGGUCCGAAAUGAAGAUUGGCGAUGCGAGCGUUGUCGUCCCUAGCAAUGGUAGCGAGACUUAUAACCAGGACAAGUUCAUCUCCGUCGCCUUUGCCUUCGACAAGGAAAAGCCGGAGUUCAAGGUCCAUGGCAAAUGCGGCAAGGACCACAAGCACUCGUCGAAGCCUAAAUAA